AUGGCCGCUAUCGCCCCCGUUAUCAGCAGCUUUUCGCUCAUUUUUGGAGGAUGCUGUGCCAAUGUUUACUGCUUGGAAGCGAUAGUAAAACAGGAGCCUGAUAGUGGUUUACUCAUCACGCUCUUCCAAUUUGUGUUUACAUGUCUAUCAACAUUGCACUACCAGUUCGACCCAAACGGUCGCUACUUUUUGAGGAGCUCGCCGGUCCCUUUCCGAAAGUGGUGCGUCAGCGCUGCGUUGUUCUUCACAGUCAACAUGUUAAACAACUGGGCGUUUGCUUUCAGUAUCUCCGUCCCCGUUCACAUCAUCCUCAGGAGCUUUGGUAGUGUGACUACUAUGGCGGCUGGAUGGCUUCGUGGCAAGAGAUACACUCCUUUACAAGUCUUCUCGGUCGCAAUUCUGACGCUAGGCGUCAUGGUAUCCGCAUGGGCAGAUGCGCAAUCGAAGGGCAAGAAUAUGGAGGCCUCGAGUUCCGGCGAGUCCAACUCGUCGCUUCAAGCUGGUCUCGCCAUCCUACUUAUUGCUCAAUUGCUCUCUGCAUGGAUGGGAGCCUAUGUCGAAGACGUUUAUCGCGAGCAUGGCAAGGACUGGCAGGCCAAUCUCUUCUACUCCCACCUGCUGUCUAUUCCGUUCUUCGCGGGAUUCACCCCAGUUUUGACCCAACAGUUUAAGCGCCUACAGGCAUCGCAGUCGUUCGAGGUGCCACCUAAGGUGGCCGAAAGCCUUCCGCCAAUUGUCAACAGUAUCUUGGCCUCGACAUCGCAGCACGUCAUCUACCUUACCGCCAAUGCCCUGACGCAACUACUUUGCAUCACUGGCGUCAACAUGCUUAGUGCAAACACGUCUGCGGUUACUGUUACGAUAGUUUUGAACAUCAGAAAACUGGUAAGCUUCUUGCUGAGUAUCUGGCUCUUCGGGAACCAGAUGAGUGGGUUGAUGAAGGUUGGCGCGGCAAUGGUGUUUGGUGCAGGCGCUCUGUACGGAUGGGAAACGUCGUAUCGCAUUCCACAGCAAAAGAAGCUGGAAGCCGAACAGGGAAAGAAGCGUGUCGUGUCUCUUAGACCCACCAUGUCUUCACCUGCUGGUAGCGUCCGCCAGCGCCCAGGCAAGGACAAAAAGCGAGGAGCCUCACCAAACCCAGAAGCUCUUGCCGAAAAGGUGUCGGAGAAGGUCGCCAAUGUUGUCGAGAAGGCCAAACCAUACAAGCCGGCCCAAGUCCAGCAGGGCAAAGAAUGGGAUUACAAGCUCGCCAUCGCAGUAAUGACCGUUCUGGCCUUCGUCACGCGCUUCUGGGGGAUCAGACAUCCCGACCAGGUUGUGUUUGAUGAAGUGCACUUUGGAAAGUUCGCUUCGUACUACCUGCAACGAACCUACUUCUUCGAUGUCCAUCCUCCUCUCGGAAAGCUCCUCUUUGCCCUCGCUGGCUGGCUCGUCGGAUACAAGGGUGACUUCCUGUUCGAGAACAUUGGCGAUUCCUACAUCACCAACAAGGUCCCCUACGUCGCAUACCGCGCCAUGCCCGCCUCGCUCGGUGCUCUUACUGUUCCCAUUGUCUUCAUGAUCAUGUGGGAAUCCGGCUAUUCGCUACCCGCCUGCAUCACUGCCGCCGGUCUUAUGCUUCUUGACAACGCCCACAUUGGUCAGACGCGUCUGAUCCUCCUCGAUGCUUCGCUCAUUUUCUUCAUGGCGCUCUCUGUGCUUUCUUACAUUCGCUUCUACAAAGAGCGACACGUUCCUUUUGGACGGAAAUGGUGGAAGUGGCUCCUUCUGACUGGCAUCAGCCUGAGCUGCGUCAUCUCCAUCAAGUACGUUGGUGUCUUCACUUUCUUCUCUAUUGGUGUACCGGUCAUGAUUGACCUUUGGGACUUGAUGGAUGUCAACCGACGACAGGGAGCCUUGACUCUGGCCGAGUUUGGCAAACACUUCGCCGCCCGUGCUGUUGGCUUGGUCAUCGUUCCCUUCUUCCUAUACCUUUUCUGGUUCCAGGUGCAUUUCGCCAUUCUCACUCGAUCUGGACCUGGUGACGACUUCAUGACCCCAGAAUUCCAGGAAACUCUAAGCGACAAUGUAAUGAGCCUCCAGUCUGUUGGCAUCAACUACUACGAUUCCAUCACCAUUCGCCACAAGGAGACCAAGGUCUAUCUUCACAGCCAUCCCGACCGCUACCCGCUGCGCUACGACGAUGGACGUGUCUCUUCGCAGGGACAGCAGGUUACAGGGUAUCCUCACAAUGACACCAACAACCACUGGCAGGUCCUUCCUUCAAAGCCCUUGUCAAGCGAAGAAGAAGCAGCUGGCACACGUUACAACGACACUCUCUUCGAGCUGAAGGUCGACAAGGGCAAGGGCGAUUUCAAGACCAUGUCAACUCAUUUCAAGCUAGUUCACGUGCCAACAAAGGUUGCCAUGUGGACCCACACUAAGCCUCUCCCUGACUGGGCCUACAAGCAGGCUGAGAUUAAUGGCAACAAGGCUGUCCAACAAUCCAGCAAUCUCUGGUAUGUGGAUGACAUUCCAUCCCUUCCUGCUGAGGACGAGCGCAACAAGAAGGAGCCCAAGCAGGUCAAGCACUUGAGCUUCCUCAGGAAGUGGGUUGAGCUCCAGCGCGCCAUGUUCCACCACAACAACGCCUUGACUAGCUCGCAUCCAUAUGCAUCUCAACCCAUUUCCUGGCCUUUCCUGCUUCGCGGUGUAUCUUUCUGGACCCACAACGAUACUCGCCAACAGAUUUACUUCCUGGGUAACCCUGUUGGAUGGUGGCUUGCUUCCUCGCUCCUUGCUGUCUUUGCUGGCAUCAUUGGUGCCGAUCAACUAGCUCUCCGCCGUGGCAUGGAUGCCCUUGAUGAUCGCACUCGCUCUCGUCUUUACAACUCCACUGGAUUCUUCUUCCUUACCUGGGCUGCCCAUUACAUUCCCUUUUAUAUCAUGGGUCGUCAGCUCUUCUUGCACCACUACCUCCCUGCACAUCUCGCAUCUUGUCUAGUCACUGGCGCGCUAGUAGAAUUUGUAUUCUGCAUUGAACCUCAGGAUCCCGAGAUGCCGGCCUCUGCCAAGGGUCACCGCCGCACUCGCUCACGUCCUGUUCGCGAGCGUGUUGCUACUUCCAGCCUGGCGGGCAGCUGGAUCGCCUGUGGCGUCAUCCUUGCUGCCGUCUUCUGGUGCUUCCUCUUCUUUGCACCGCUCACGUACGGUAGCCCGGGUCUUACUGUUCCCCAAGUUCAGUCAAGGAAGUGGCUCGGCUACGACUUGCAUUUUGCUAAAUAG